GUGUGCGUGCGUGUUUGCUGCUUGGAAGUUCAUUUGUGGACACUGAAGCUUUGCGUCAGGCACAGAGCUGACGUGAAUAGACACCAAAUUUGAUGCUUCGAGACUAAAAAUAGUCUUGAGCUGAAGAUAUUUGCAGCUGGAGGGCAAAUCGAGUCUGUAACGCACUGAAACGGCUCCGUUUUAAGACUGAUGUUCAGCACCGCGGACAGCAACACAUAUUCGGAAGCGACUCUCUUAUCGUUGGAGGUGGGAUGUACCAACAUUGUUAGAGCCGGAGGAGAGAGGUGGGGAAUUCUUGGAUUCCAGAAGGGGAGAGCAAAACAUCAUGGGUGAUGGAGGGGCCUUGCACACAGAGGGCAAUGCCCUUCUGAAGGCAGUGUUUCAUGGCAAACUCCGCCUUACCCGCCUCCUUCUUGAGGGCGGAGCUUAUAUCAAUGAGGGGAAUGAGCGAGGGGAGACGCCCAUCAUAGCUGCCUGUCUGGCAGGAUAUGAUGAUCCACAAACCCGGCAGAGAAUGGUGCGCUACCUGCUGGAGAAGGGAGCAGACCCAAAUAUUCCCGAUAAAACGGGCCGGACUGCUUUAAUGCAUGCAUGUGCAGAACUGGCAGGCAAAGAGGUGGUGUCGCUGCUGCUGGAAAACGGUGCUGAUCCCAGUUUGAAAGACUACUCUGGGGCUUCGGCACUCGUACAUGCCAUCAAUAAGGGUGAUCGAGACACUCUCCAGGUCCUACUGGAUGCCUGCAAAGCCAAAGGCAAAGAGGUAAUCAUCAUUACCACCGAUACAUCUCCCUCUGGCACUAAAAAGACCAAACAAUACCUGAACUCCCCACCAUCUCCUGGUAUAGUGGACAAGCUCUCCCCUGCUUGCAUGUCUCCAUCAGAAGUGGAGAUCCAUACCACUGGAUCUGGCCCUGGUGAGGAAGAGGAAGGUAUCUUCAGCUUUGCCAUGACUUCAGCACUUCCGCUACCAUCCAGCAGACCACCAGGGGAGCGGAGACCACCACCCCGCAAGCUUCUGAAAAGACUGAACUCUGAGCCUUGGGGUCUGGUUGCUCCUUCCGUACUUGCUGAGCGAGCUGAGAGGAUAGAGGGUGAUUUAGCAGAGGAGGACAAACUGGUCUCGGAGAUGAAUGGGAUGACAGUUUCUGGUCCAGGCAGACCUCUCCUGUCACGUAGGCACAGUAUAGAGACCCAUGACCCAUCUUCUCCGAAGCUGAUGGACCGGUCCUGUUCAGAAGACUGUGCCGCACUUUGUGGUUCUUCCUGGGCAGAUAAAGUUAAUCAGCACCAAUCACUGUAUCGUAGAAACACGGCUCCUGAGACUCAAGACAAUGUGGCUCAGGCAUCAGCGGGCAUCCGUGGCUUACCACACCCUAAACUCACCCGCAUGGAGCACUAUGAGUCGGACACUCACCUGUGUCCUACCUCCAUCCCUGGAUCUCCAGAUUCUGGACGUGUCUCGGUUGAACGCCGCAAAUACAAUGCCUCUCCAUUGUCAUUGCUCACCAGCUCUUCUCGAGAGUCCCUGGAGAGCAUUCCCAACUCAGUAUCUCCUAUCACAAUGAGGCGGCGUCCCACAGGACUGCUGGAAAGGCGGGGAUCAGGGACUCUCCUCUUGGACCACAUCUCCCACACUCGACCAGGGUUCCUUCCACCCCUCAACGUCAAUCCCCAGCGACCCAUUCCUGAUAUCCGUGCCAACGGAAAGCCCACUUCUCCCGUUCACUCAGGGAGCAAGAUCCUGCUGCCGGUCGCACCUUCAUCCCCAAAACGUGGGCCAGACUUCAAGAUGAAGAAAAAACUCAUGAGGAGACACUCAAUGCAGACGGAGCAGAUGAAACAGCUAUCGACCUUCCGGGAAAUACUUACAGAAAAGGUGAUGGAGAUGAAUGGAGAUUGAGAGCAGAAGAGAAAAAGAUGGAGAGAGAGAGAGAGAGUCAGUGAUCGUCUAGGAUCAUCUACAUCUUUUUUUGAGGCACAACUGCUCCUGUCCAGUUCAGCUCCAAAAGAACAUAAUACAUACAUCAGCAUUGCGGAAAUAAAACUUCUUCAAAAUCAGAAAAUUAAAAAGAAAACUUGUCACAUCAUCAAAUAUCAUAUAAAGGAUCACUUCCAAUUGUUCCAUGUUUUCAAUGGAGACCAUUCUUAUUUGGGAUUAUUCCUUGAUCAUGAAAGAUUGAGAAUGCGUGAAGAAUUUGUGUCAGUGGAAGUGCUGUUGGUGUUUGAAUUUGCUGCAAAUCUUAGAUGAGACCUCACAGAUUUUGUGUUCUGUGGGUUUCUCUAUAUAUUAGCGCUGUUAUGGCUUUCAGCUUCCUUGCUGUUGUGCACUGUCAGAUAAGAAAGUGCAGAAAUUUGACCUUUAGGGAUGCAACAGCUUGUCACUGGGGCAGUAUCCUGAAUUGGGCCAAUUUUGAACUGUAUACCCCUUAAAAUGUGCAUAUUAGCACAUUAGUGUACCCUUAAGCAAUGGCUUGGUGUUCUGGGUCCUAUGCUGCACAGGAUUCUGCUCUGGGCAUUUGGGAGGGGGUCUUCCCUCUGUAAAAUUUGCACCCCCCUCCACCCCUUACCCCAGACACUGUGGGCCCCUCCAAGCCUCAAGGCCUUAUCUACUCUGUAAUGAGAUUUUUUUUUAAGGGGAAAGUAAAGAUGGUACUGCCCUAGUGAGUGUGUACCCUUAAUUUUGGAAAUUGUUAUAAUCGAGUGUGGUGGCUCUGUGGUGAUCCUGUGGAAUAAUUCUUAAUUAAUUUUAAUGUUCCUUAUAAAAUGUCCAUUUUCCAUUGAGAGGUGUAGUUUAAAACGCAAUCACUAAAUUAUUCAGCCUUUACAAAACAUUUGAAUUUCAAUCUAAAGGUAAGGUAAUUGAAGUAGAUUGUUCGCUUUUAAAUAACUCAAUACUUUAUAAUGUGAUAUUUAGUUUUGUUAGUUUGUCCUUUUAAGGACUUUUAAUUGGCAAGCUUUCUGAUUUUUCCAUAGGAUGUACCCUAGAGCGGUGGUCCCCAAUGUUUUUAUCACCACGAUCCGGUCAAUGCUUGACAAUUUUACCGUGGCCCGGGAGGUGCUAGAUGACCAACAGUCAUUUUCUCAGAGGAUGACAAGCCGACAAAACAAUGCUGCAACUCUGAUACAAGUUUUAUUUAUGUAGAGAAUUAAAAAGCACUGCAGUGUUUGGCUGAGCUAAUUAGUCUACCAAAAUUUGUAUAUUCCAUACAGAAUUUAUUCGCAGCAACUGGGUGCAUUGCUCCUGCGCGUCACUCCUCCAUUAGAAAUAACAAGUUUGCAUGCGGAAAAGACUCAAUAUGUGAACGGCCGCCGUCAUUUGCAAUCUCCAGUAGUUGAUUUUCUUGCACAGACAUGCUGGAUUCACCUGAUUUGUUGACAAAUAGGUUGCGGAUCCAUUCCUCAGCAGUUUGCGGGUCCUUCACUGAGCCUUUUCCCUUUCACAAAGAAAUUUUCCUCACUCAUUUUGCUGCUUGUGGAUUAAAUGUUGGCACAUAAGUAAACGAGAUGUAACUGAGAGAAUACGGCCAUUUUUCAAAAUGAAAAGAUUUUUAGAAUAAAAGAUGGAAAAAUAUUUCAAUAAAAUGGAAAUAAUAUUUGAUUUAUUGUGCGGCCCAAUUGAUCCACGAACCAGUACCAGUCCGCGACCUGGGGGUAGGGGACCACUGCCUUAGAGAGCAUUAAAGUUUGCCGACUGCUGAAUAUUACUGUAAACGGUGUUAGAUAAAGAAAAUUUGUUUGCAUACCGGAAGUGCAUACAAAUAUUUAAACUAAAAAAAAAAAGAAAGUAUUUUUUACAACAAUUGAUUAACAUAAAACUAUAAUAAAAACUAUUUAAUAACAAAACCCAACUGUACCAGUUAAGCAUAAUGCAUGUUCAGGGCUUUUGGAUGGGUUGCAUAUCUUUCUUAACCUCUUGUAAGUGAUACAAAAUAAGUCAAGUGCAAUUCUUGAAACUCAAAAUCCCAAAGAAACUCUACAAACCCCCAUCCAAAACCACACAUAUCAACACACCCUGACCCGACUCAGCGGGAGAAACCCCUCGCCUAACGCACACUCUGGAGACACAGAGCACAGAUAUUGUGUACAUACUGUACAGAGUACUAUUGUGUCUCAGACGUUUGAACGUGCAAUAUUCUGUGCUGCCUCAGCACUGAUUUCAUAUUAUUAUUGUGAAUGUGAACAAUCACUCGGACAUGCGUCUGUGCUAACAUGCUGCGCUAAAUAGUUCAAGACGAGCUGGGAGCUCAGUUUACAUACAGAAGAGGAAUCUCUGCACAAAAUACAUGAGAAUGAAUUUCCCUAAAGAGCUGUCCGUGUCAAACACAUAGUUCAACUCAAGCUUAUGAUGAUGUGAGUGAAUUUAGUGCUUCUGCUUUGAGAUGUUCUAAACUUGAUGUGAAUUCAACUUAGUGUACUUGAAAUGUAUCAUGAAAACUAAAAGAGGAAUAUUUUUUUAUGCCUGUAGGGUUCUAUUCUUGUCGUUUUUUAUUUUUAUCGAAAUGAAUUUUAACGUUUAAUACCGAAGCGUUGGUGCAGUUUCACUUUGACGGUAGCUUCUGUGUCACAGGGUGUUUGUAGGAAAUAAUGAACAUCCGGAGCUCAACGGCUACAGCAAAUCUUCCAGAAAAUGCGAUAAAGCCCAAUCGACGGACUGAAAUCUCAGAUCUCUGACAACCUGGCUCUUUGUUAUCCUGAUGUGAUUAGGAGAAUCUUGGCACUUUGCUGUGUGUUCAUUGAUUUAAGCGAUUCUCCUCUUUUCAUUUCACACACGCCAGUCAGAUAACAGAGUUUGAUUUGUUUGUAUCUAAAUAUAUAUUUCUGACCUGCUGUACAAAAACAUCAGUUUAAAUGAGUUGAAAUUGUAUUCAAGUGUACUUGAAAAGGUGUUAAUAGUGUAAAGGGUGUUUUAGGUGCUGUACACAAUGACCUCUGUCUGUGCUACACUGUCGUCGGGUAGUUUGAGCCGUAGCCCAGUGUUCUGCUCUCAUUUCACAUAGAAGGGUUACAGUUACACCAACAAUGCAUCAUUUAUUGCAGUGGUCACCAAACUUGUUUCUGCAGGGCCGGUGUCCUGCAGAUUUUAGCUCCAACCCUAAUCAAACUCACCUGAACAAGCUAAUCAGGGUGUUACUAGGUAUACUUGAAACACCCAGGUAGGUGUGUUGAGGCAAGAUGGAGCUAAACCCUGCAGGGACACCGGCCCUCCAGGACCGAGAUUGGUGACCCCUGAUUUAUUGGAUUAUGGAUUAACUAUUUCUUGUUAUUUUGUAUGUUUAGUGUGAUACACAGGUCAAAUGUAGUAAACCAAAUAAUUUUAACAAGUAUUAAAUUAUUUAAAAGUAUAAAAAA